CCCUCAGCGCGGCGCUGCUCGGCGGCGCCGGCCGCUCCCGCUCCCCCGGCCCGGGCUCUUUGUCGGCGCGUGCCGGCGGGGGUCGGCAGCGCCAUGUCCUCCCCCAAGAACGGCUUCUACCGGCAGGACAUCACCAAGACCCUCUGGGAAGUGCGGGACCGCUACCGGGACCUGCAGCCGGUGGGGUCGGGAGCCUACGGAGCCGUGUGCUCAGCCGUCGAUGGAAGAAGUGGUACCAAAGUGGCCAUUAAGAAAUUGUACCGCCCGUUUCAGUCUGAACUCUUUGCCAAACGAGCUUACCGAGAGCUGCGUCUCCUGAAACACAUGAAGCAUGAAAACGUCAUAGGAAUUUUGGAUGUGUUCACACCAGAUAUAACACUGGAGAAGUUUAAUGACUUUUACCUCGUCAUGCCAUUUAUGGGAACAGACUUGAGUAAGAUAAUGAAGCAUGAGAAAUUAACAGAAGAUCGAAUCCAGUUCCUGGUAUAUCAGAUGUUGAAAGGCUUAAAGUAUAUUCACUCAUCAGGCAUAAUUCACAGGGAUCUAAAGCCUGGGAACUUGGCAGUAAAUGAAGACUGUGAAUUGAAGAUCCUGGAUUUUGGAUUGGCAAGGCAUACAGACAGUGAGAUGACUGGCUAUGUGGUUACAAGGUGGUACAGAGCCCCAGAGGUCAUCCUUAACUGGAUGCAUUAUACUCAGACAGUUGACAUCUGGUCUGUGGGCUGUAUAAUGGCUGAGAUGAUAACAGGGAGACCUCUGUUCAAGGGAAAUGAUCAUCUGGACCAACUCACAGAAAUAAUGAAAAUAACAGGUACACCAACUCAAGAUUUUGUUCAAAAAUUGCACAGUCAAGAUGCAAAAAAUUAUAUCAAAAGCCUCCCAAAGGUCCAGAAGAAAGAUUUUGCAUCCAUCUUGAAGUAUGCAAAUCCUUUGGCUGUAAACCUUUUGGAGAAGAUGCUGGUGCUGGAUGCAGAGAAGCGAGUCACGGCAGCUGAGGCUUUGAUGCAUCCUUACUUUGAACCGAUUCACGAUCCUGAGGAAGAAAUUGAAGCUGAGAAAUACGACGACACAUUUGAUAACAUGGAUCUUCCACUAGAUGAGUGGAAGCGUGAGUUUAAUUUUGUGAUGUUUUCAAAAAUAACCAGAUGGAAAGGCCAUGCAGAAAUAAAAAUGUUGUCCCUUACAAAUGAACUCCUCUGCUUUUGAUUGAACAGAUCAAAUAGACAGCACUAAGAGAAACGCUACUGUUAAGCCAGUGUUCCUCUUGCCAAGUUCUUGUGGAAGGAUCUCUAAAGGUUUCUUCUCUGCUUCCUAACAGAGGCUGUCCUCCAUUUCCCUAAUGUUUCUGUCCUCCCAUCUUCUGCAACAUAGAAAAGAAACUAUUUCUGUAACUUGCUAGAGCAGGUGAAGAGAUUGUUUUGACUUUGCCUCUACAGGAUUGCAGUGGUUGCUGCCUUAAUGUUGGAAUCUCUGAGGAAGAAAAUACAUAUCUGUGUCAGCAGAGAUUUAAGUCUAAUCUUGUUUUCAUCUAAGGUCAGAGGUUUGUAGUUUGGCUUUUAAGUGAGGACCUAACUUUUAAAUCCAGCAUGCUCAGUAGCUGUUGCUGAGGAUAUUGCCCACUAUACUCAAAAGUCAGUGCUCACAUCCCUUUGAAAGCACCUAUACCAUUUCAGUAUUGGGCUACUUUUUCAAAUCUGAAAUGGUGAAAAAGCCAUUCUUGAUUCCCUUACUUUUUGUACUCUUCCUGUCUUUUUGCCUGAAGAGAUCUCUCUCUUCCUGAGCUAGAUCAGAGCCCAGCCAUGCUGGGGUUGCACCUUGCUCAUUCAUGUUUGUGCAGCUCCUUUUCUGAUUAGACCACAGCAAUGCUAUGUCUAUUCUGUUGUUUUGCAGGCAUUACAUAUAAAGAGAUACUGAACUUCAAGCCACCACAGACAUUGGACUCAAAGGAGACAGCAGUGUAAUGGCUCAAUAUUUUCAGAACUCUGAGGAAAGCAGAAGAGUUGUAAAUGUUUGUGACAUUUCAGGUGUAUAAAACUUCUUAUGAAUAAGCUCUAUGUAAUCUGUUUCAUCUGCACUGUAACAAUGUCCUUUACUCUGCAUGUGGAAAUUGGUGCCUUUGGGCAUAGCAUUUCAAAAAUAUCCAGAAACUUAUUUCUGCCUACAAACUUCUUCUACACAAAAGGACUCAGACUGCAAUAACCUGGUGGCAUCCUCAAAAGAGCAGGAUUAAUUCUUCAACUCAGAGAUCUGAAGAGUACAAGUUAGCACCCCAGGCAAGCUGAGAACACAGUAUGUCUGAUGUGCUGUGACUGCUCUCCAAGGCCACUGAACCAUCUUGAAUGCGAGAAGUAUUCAUGUGACUUCCUCUGGAAUAUUUCACUUUGCUGAGAUGCCUGGGAAGGCCAAUCUUCUCCUGUUACCUCAGGGACUGCAGUGGGUAGCAGAGACACAGCCCAAGUGAAUGCCUGCAUCCCCUGUCUGGUGUGAAGAGAACCUCAGAAGUGUUGAGGUCCUAGAUUUUUUUCAAAGUAACCAGCAUAGCAGGGCAGGAUUUCAUAAACUUGCUAGGUGAACAGUCACCGGAUAUAUAAUCACUGUACAAUAUUUUUCCCUAAAUACAGUGUAUUUUCUUUGUAUAGUAGACUAGAGAUCAAGGAUUUACUGGGAGAAAUUAUUCAGAUUUUCUAAAAUUUUGUAAGCUCUCCAACAUCUUAGUAUUGAAAUUAUCUCAGACAAUCAGCAGUGCUGAUUUUAAAAAUAAAGCUGCAUGUAGGUCACUUUAUAGGAAAUGCAAUGAGGACCAAAAUGAUACACUGCAGCUCUUCACUGGGAAUUCCUGCAGCAAGCUGUUUUUUUCACAGUGUACAAAGCUGUUACCAGGUGAGGAAUAAUAAUCAUUCCCUUUUUUUACUGAUUUGAACUCAUCUUACUUCAAAAAAUAUGCAGAUCUUUUGUGGAGAGGUACCUUAGCAGAAGGAGUCAGCUUCCUGAUGGGAUAGAUUGGUUAGAUACUUCCUGAGUUCCUCUUACUGUCCUUUUACUGUAUUUUCCUGGGUGCUUUGUUCAUACGAGUCUCUGAGAGGUGGGAAAAAGAACUGGCAAACCUUUGUGAAGAAUUCCUGUGUGAAAUUGCUUGUCUUUCUUAACGGUAGUAUCUCCACAGAUACUUCACUGAUUACAUUCCCUAUGUAAUACGCUGUGGUGUGUUACUACUGAGUGAAAUGAAUGUGAAAGAAAACAUUUGAUUCUAGCAGGUAGUAACUGGAAAAAAGAAGAAAUUACUUAGGUUUGGUUUUUUUUGCUUUAAUAUCCAAUAUAAACCAUAAGUUUAAUAAAGGCAUAGUUACUCUGUUUCUUUCAAUGAAUGUUUGAAUUACACAACUGUAAAUAUUAGCAUUUGUUUAAAAAUUGUUUGUGAUGAGAGUUGAUUAGCUGAGGUGGACACCUAGAGAGACUAAAUAGUAACAGAAACCUUCAAUUCAUGUAUUUGACAAGUCAUUAAAAAUGGCAGUUUCAGGAAGUAAUGAAAAAAAAAAGCAGAGAAUGUAUAUUGAAUCAAAAUAUUUUUCCAAACUGCAGGUUUCUCACAGAGGAAGGCAUACUUAAGGGUCAUACCCCAUUUUGCACUAUGGACUUUCUGCUUGGUCUACACAUCUGUAGAAUAGAAACUUUAUCUUUUAUAGAAUAGAUGUUUUCUCUUAGGAUCGUGUUCUUUGGUCUUCUUAAAAGUCAUGGGAGAAAAGUGCCUCUUGGAAUUAGUGGUGUUGAUAGACUGAGUCAAAGGGAAAUGAAAAAUGUCAAACACUUACUUGAAAAUGCUGCCUCUAUAUUUUAAAUGGAUUUCUACGUCCUAAAUUCUAGCAAAUGCCUAAAGUCUGGCGAUAAUGCAGAUGGCUCAAAUGUUAGUCAGACUAGGAGGGAGCAUUUUUUAAAUUGAAAAACUGCUUUGCAUUUUCUUCCUGAAGGCUAUCUCUUCAGUGGGCAUUUCCACAAAGUCAAUCCCUAAAAUCCUCCACUGGCUGAGGUGAACUUUUCCCUCUCUUAAUUUUAACUUAGCAUUGGAAAAACAGCCAGCACACGUGAGAAAGACCUAAAAAGAUAGUGUUAGCUUUUCUUGGUAGUGGAGAAAUACAGAACCCUUAAAGAAACCGAAGACCUUGAUUGCAUAUGUCAGGGAAAACAGAAGUACUGCUGUGCCAUCAGCAAAUGGCAAAACCAACAUCAAGUUGGUCAAGAAGUUUCUGUGAAGAGAUUGAAUUUUGCAGAAAUGGCUCCAAGUGGCAAUAGAGAUCAUUAAAAGAACUGUGAGGUGAAAGCAGAAAUACUUUGCAGUGGAAGCAGCUGCUACUCCAAAGGGAGAGACAGCAGUUCCUAAGUUUUUAUUUGCUAUUCCUACCGGUGCUAAGCGACUCAGGUAUAAGAACCCAAUUGCUGUUUGCCUUAAAAGAGAAAUGUAAAUACAUUCUGCAUGUACAUGAAAUGUGUUGUGACAAAUAAAGGUUGUGAGUUUGUUUUUU